AUGUACCUUUCAAGCUUUGCUCUCUUUCUGGCUUCGGCCACAGCGGCGACAUCCCAGGCUGUAGCAGCUGUUGCCCCCUCGGCACCCGCCGGCAAAAUUGACUGGAGAGCAGUUAAAUGUGACGGAAUCGUCAUUGAUGCCAAGGCCCUGCCCGAAAAGCGAUGGGAGGCUACUGGCGCGACGGAUGCCUUAAAAGAGGUCUUCGACGGCUGGCGCAACUACAGAAACAAGCCUGAUGAGGUCAAGUUCGAGUUCAGCGAGUACGUUUCUUGGUUUUUCGGUGGCCCAGAGCAAUGGCGCUGCACCGAAAUCUUUGACGUGCCUUGCUCGACCACGCUCAUCUGCAAAGAUACUACGUAUCCUGCCGGACAUCUUAUUCUCAACUCGUUCUCCAAGCUUCACCGAUUCCACCACCGUUAUUUCGAGGCUCUCAGCCUGGCGCAGCAGGAUAUCCAGUCUGAGAUGGACCUCUUCGCCGAGUCUUUCUCCGUACCGCCUCCCAGGGACGCGUCUGCUGAUCAGACGAAGAGAAUCCUCCUCAACGUCGCUUACGGUGUGAUUGGAAUUGCGCAGGCCUACAUGAACAACUUUUUCAUCUUUGCCAAGCCCGUUGAGCAAGCCGCGGGAGCUAUGAUCUCGCAGGUCUGGCGAUCGCAGUUGACGACCACCCUUAGUUACAGCAUCUUCACUGGUUGGGCCAUCGGAAAGGACUACAUGCUUCCAGGCAAGGAUCCUAAGGUUCAGUAUGGAUCUCUUGGUGCCAUGAUGGGCGACGUCUUCGACAGCUGGAAGGCCACUCAGACUGCCUACGUCGAAAACAUCUUCACUCCUAACAACACCGAGACGGAGAACUUCCUCGUGGCAGCUUUGGAUAACGGCCUCAUGGGCGCCACCCCCGAUGAUCUAAACGCCUACGAGAUGUCUAGGAUGGUCCAGAAGCUGUUUUACCCUAGGUUCAUGGUGUCCGUUUGGCAGACUCGCCGGUGGGCCAAGAAACCCUUCGUCUUGAAGACAAACUUGCCUUGCAAGAUGAACCUGGGAGAGAGAGAUUCCUCUCUUUGGCCCUUCCUGCCGGAUAGCGACCACGCGAGAGCCGCCGCCUGCUACGAAGACAGACUCUUUUACCUCGUUGACAUCAGAAGCGAGGGCGUCAAGUUGACAACCGAGUACCCCUCCAUCCGCCCCAACAUCUUCAAGAGCAAGCACUGGCCUCUCACGGCGCUGUUCGGCACAGAGACCAUGGACGGCUCUCGUUAUGGCGGAGUCACAAAGGAGGAUAUUGUCGCCGCCGCCUACGGCGGCUGGGUUGAGGGUGGCCACAAGAACAAUGUCUUCGAGCCCAACUACACCGACGUCUCGCCUCAGGCCCAGAGUAAGCUGUGGUCUGACCAGGGCAACCGCAGCCCUGGUUUCGUCAAUAUGACCUUGUGCCAGAACAUUUACACCAUUGUCGGCAACGUCGUGCAUGGCUCGCCCGAGCAGAGCCACUCAUGGCCCUGCGCACCCCUCUCCGAAAUCAAGCCUCCAGUUUAA